CAUGGCGGAAUGUGGUCGAGUUGACAGCAGCACAAACACUCACACCAUGGAUAAAAGCAUUAUCCUGCCACCGGACGAGAUCUUCCGCAACCUAGAAAAUGCCAAGCGCUUCGCCAUAGACAUAGGUGGAUCUCUGACCAAGCUUGCAUAUUACUCAACUGUACAACACAAAGUGGCAAAAGUGCGAUCUUUCGACCACACUACAAAGGAAGCUGCCAGUGACAAGCUGUAUGAGAUCUCAGUCCAGGAGGAAGUCACUGCACGCCUGCACUUCAUCAAGUUUGAAAAUGCUUACAUUGAAACGUGCUUGGACUUCAUCAAAGACCAUCUGGUCAACACGGACACCAAAGUAAUCAAAGCCACAGGUGGAGGAGCGCACAAGUUCAAGGAGCUGAUAGAGAAGAAACUGGGACUCAGAGUGGACAAAGAGGAUGAGAUGACCUGCCUCAUCAAAGGCUGUAACUUUGUGCUGAAGAACAUACCCCAUGAGGCUUUUGUGUAUGCCAAGCACGCCGACUCCGAGUUCCGCUUUCAGACGUCUAAUCCCGACAUCUUCCCGUACCUGCUCGUAAAUAUUGGCUCCGGGGUGUCUAUCGUUAAGGUUGAAUCAGAGGACAAAUUUGAGCGAAUAGGAGGCAGUUCAAUCGGAGGAGGAACCUUCUGGGGCCUCGGAGCGCUGCUCACCCAAACAAAGAGGUUCGAUGAGUUGCUGCAGCUGGCCUCCAAAGGGCAGCACACGAGCGUGGACAUGCUCGUCAAAGACAUCUACGGAGGAUCUUACGGGUGUUUGGGCUUGACCGGGGAUCUUAUUGCGAGUAGUUUUGGGAAAUCUGCAACGGCUGACAAAGAGUUCUCCAAAGAAGACAUGGCCAAGAGCUUGCUUCACAUGAUCAGCAACGACAUCGGGCAGCUGGCCUGUCUGUACGCCAAGCUGCACAACCUGUCCAGGGUUUACUUCGGGGGCUUCUUCAUCAGAGGACACCCCGUCACCAUGCACACAAUCACCUACAGCAUCAACUUCUUCACCAAGGGGGAAGUUCAGGCCUUGUUUUUGAGACACGAAGGCUAUCUCGGAGCCAUUGGAGCAUUUCUUAAAGGAGCAGAGGAAGACAAUCCAAACCAGUACAGCUGGGGGGAGAAUUAUGCCGGAAGCUCAGGUCUGAUGAGUGUCUCUCCAGAUAUGAACCCCAUGCAACGAGCUCGCAGUGGAACAUUUGACAUGUUGGAGAUGGACCGCCUGGAGAGGCAGCUGGUGAAUCUACCUCUGCUGCAAGACGCUUCCUCUUACAUCCCUGACACCAUGGACCUCACGGAGGACGCUCCAGCCCGCGAAUACUGGCUGUACUGCUUUGAAGAAGCCUUAGAUGGGGUGGUUAAAAGAGCCGUAGCGAGCCAGCCGGACACGCUGGAGGCGGCCGAGCGGGCCGAGAAGUUCCGGCAGAAAUACAGACACAAGCUGCAGACGCUCCGCCACCAGCCGUUUGCUUAUGGAUCCCUCACUGUCAGAAGUCUGUUAGACACCAGGGAACACUGUUUAAACGAGUUCAACUUUCCUGAUCCCUACUCUAAGAUCAAGCAGAGGGAGAAUGACGUAGCUCUCAAAUACUACCAGAAGGCGGUGAGGUCCUUGGAGCAGCUGGACUGGCUUGACAGGCAGUUUGCGCUGGUCAGGGGCGUCCUGGCCGGGAACGUGUUCGACUGGGGCGCCAAGGCCGUGUCGGAUGUCCUGGAAUCUGACCCUGAGUUUGGCUUUGAGGAGGCAAAACGACAGCUGGAAGAGCGGCCGUGGCUCGUUGAUUCCUACGACCAGUGGUUCGAGAGACUAAAGGGUCCUCCUCAUAAGUGUGCCUUGUUUUUCGUAGAUAACAGUGGCGUGGACAUCAUUCUAGGAGUGAUGCCUUUUGUUAGAGAGCUUCUCUCUCGGGGAACAGAGGUCGUGUUGGCCAGCAACUCUGGUCCCGCUUUAAAUGACGUCACGAAUGGUGAGCUGCAGAUUCUGACGGAAAGAAUCGCUGCUAUGGAUCCUGUGAUUAAGUCUGGCUUGAUGGAGGACAGGUUGACGUUGGUGCAGAGUGGUUCCAGUUCACCCUGUUUGGAUCUGAGCCGCCUGGACAAAGUUCUAGCAACGGUGGUGCGGGAGCGGCAGACCGACCUCGUGAUCAUCGAAGGAAUGGGCCGAGCCAUCCACACCAACUACUACGCCAUGCUCAGCUGCGAGAGCCUCAAGAUGGCCGUCAUCAAAAACUCCUGGCUGGCCGACCGGCUGGGGGGGAAGCUCUUCAGCGUGGUGUUCAAGUACGAGGUGCCGGCCGGGAAGCCCAGCCAGGACUCCUCAUGAGCGCAGCGAAGCUCGCCCUCGGCCGGGACCCAACACCGACGUCGAGCGACCCGAACAGUUUGGCUUGAACUCCAAAUGUAAAUUCUGAGAUUGUAAAUUGCAGCAAGAUGAACAAUUCGUAGUAACGCAGAACGCGAAAGUGACACAGGUUUUUAAGACUGAUCACUAAUAGGAUUUAACUUUUUAUUUUCUGCUUAAAUCUUGAUUUUUCCAUCGAGUUCAUGAACCUGCACCAGCACCGAGUUUACUGCCAUAUUCAGUAAACGCUGACAGGAGUUGAUUUUUUUUUUCUUUAAAUAAAUGUACAUCAGUUAUUGACAUGUCACCGACACACACCUCAGGGAAAGUUUUCUGGCUGGUGUGUGUUUGUAUGUUGAAGAGAGACGGAGCAUUAGCAGAUAUAGACUUUACACACUUUUCACUGAAUUAUCUUUAAUGUGCCUUAGGCCUGAUUGUUAAAUAAGCGCCAUUCGCUUACUGUUGAAGGCUCCAGCACCACACAAGCAUCAUCUUCUGUUUACCUGCUGCAGACAAGGAAAAGUUUCUUUAAUUUUCCCACUGCCAGCAAAUUCCUUGGGAUUACUACAUGAAUUACUGUUGUCGUCACUGAUGUAGCUGUCAAAGUCCAAUCAGGGAAGAUGUUUCAUUUAGAAAGCAAAGCAAAGCAAAGCAGCACUUUAUCGGAGCAGCAGAGAGGUGAGGACGCUUCCUUCCACAGGGUGGCAGUGUUCUGCUGUCAUGUCGAUUUUCUUUUUUUUUUCUUUUCAUAUCUUCAAUCUGUCCUAAGGUGCUUGGUGUCAAAAUUAACACUGCAUAUUUCAGGUCAAAUGCUCUGUAAGCAUUACGAUAGUGAUACGACUUGACACAUACACUCUAGUUAACCGACGUGUGUGUGUGCGUGCGUGUGUGCGCGUGUGUGUGUGUGUGUGCAUGUGCAUGUGUGUGUAUACACACAUUUUAAUUUGUCGAAAAAGAAAAAUAAGAAUUGUCUGAAGGCAAUAAUUCCACAGCACCUAGUUUCACCAAACAUCAAACACUGUGUGAUAGAGAAGUGGCUGAUUCUAUAACUUCAUAGCAAAUAUCUGACUUCAAGGCUACGUUUUAUUAGAAAAAAAAAAAAAAGCCUUGAUGUGGAACCGUCUAAGAGAUCCUUGACACAUGGACUCGCAUUGAAAUAUUGCAAUCUCCAUUUGUACAUUUGUGAUAUACAGUUGUACACAUAAUUAUGUGUGUGUGUGUGUAUAUAUAUACACAAUAUAUAUAUAUAUAUAUGUAUAUGUAUACUAUAUAUACAUAUACAUAUAUAUAAUUGAGUUACAUCUCUGCAGUUACACACAGGAAGCACAAUGUUUGUGUAUUCUUCUCAUGACAAUCAGUUUUAAUUAAAUGGUGAAAACCUUUAUUUUAUCAUUGUGUGUGUGUGCGUGCGUGCGUGUGUGUGUGUUCAUGUUCAUGUCGGUGUGUCUGGAGAGUUUUCAUCUGUGCAGGAGAGCUGCCCCAUAUUAAAAAGCGAACCUGCUUCCGGCAGUAUGAAAGCUCAGCUCCUUGUACUGUAUGUGCUGCUUGACACCUGCUGGGGAGCUGCGAGCCCAUAAUGUACGAGGGGGGGCCUGGCAGGGGGCCCCCCCUGCUUUUCCCUCGCAACGCUCCGACUGCCAAAACCCACCACACACGGCUCCGGCAACGCUCUGCCCUGGUUUUAUUUUCUGUGUUUGUUCAUUUACGUUUUAUGAAAUUCUGACGACCUGUCUCCAGGAGACGGCUGGGAUAGGCUGCGGCAGAUCCCCGUGACCCUGAAACAAGAGCCAGUAGGGAUGGAUAAUGGAUGGAUGGAAGUUCUGACAUGCCAAUGUGACUGUGUCCAUGAAAAAUACAGGUUUUUUUUAAAAAAGUCACUCAUUAAAUCUCUCUUUUGAGCCUGCAAUAAA